AUGAUCAUGGAGUCUCUCGGCGGCGACCGGAGCUGGGUGGAUCGGUUCGUCGCACAGCACAUCGCCGUCGGUUACUACUUCUUCGCCAUUUUCUGUUACCUGAUCAGCCCUCGCAUGGCGUAUCAUCUAUCGGAGCUGGUCGAGGAGCAUGCGUAUGAAACGUACGAUAAGUUCCUCAUGAGCCAAGGCGACAUUCUCAAGACGCAGCCUGCUCCUGAGAUAGCGGUGAGUUACUAUAACGGGGGUAACCUGUACCGCUUCGACGGGUUUCAGAUGCAGGCUGAUACGGAGCGGCCAUCCCCGCGCGUGGAGAGUCUGUACGACGUGUUUGUGAACAUCCGCGACGACGAGGCGGAGCACUGCAAGACCAUGCGCGCCUGCCAGGCCGCGCAGACGGGGAAAGGUGAGCUUGGAGCAGGGAAAGGUGAGCUUGGGAAAGUUGGGCUUGCAACAGUGAGACGUUAG